CUGAGAUGCUCCUCCACACGCCCCAUUUGGGAAGCGCAGCAAACAAAUCGCACGCAGUCACAACCCACACCCCUCCCCAUAUUCAAUCAUAGCCGCCGUGUGGGCUUUUCUGCUGAUUCUACUGUCACCCGCCGUUGUUGCUGCUGUUGCUACUGCUGCCGCCGUCGCCGCAUGCCUUCUCCAACUUCACAACGCCUUCUCCUACCGCCGCCAGAACCGGAGCGCUGCUCCUCGUGUCCCACAUCAUCAUUCCCGUUGUUGCGCGUCGUGUCGAUAGCAUCCUCAACAUGGACACCGCGGAGAAUACGCAACACCACUUUCGCUCCUCCGUCAUCCGUCCCCAAAGCAACCUCCCGCGACCCGGCACCAUCUCGUCCGGCCUCGGCCUCUCCGAAAUGAGCGAAUCCCAGAACAACGCGCGCGCGCACCCGUCCUUGAUACCGCCGCCCGCCUCCAAGGUCGGCUCGCUCAACAGCGCCAUGAAGCGCGAUGUCCCCAAGCCAGCUGAGCUGCCGGCCCUGAAGCACCAAAAGUCCCUCGCCGAGAGGGCAGGCGAAUACCCGACGAGGUCUUCCUCAACCACCGCAGCGGCAGGUGCUUCUGGCAUCGCCAGGGCGCGCUCCGUCAGGGGACACACACUGGCCGAGCUCAAGGACCCAAACAACAUCAGACCUCGAAACGCACCACCAACCUCCCGAUAUAACACCCCGGGCGGCUUUUCUGCCAGCGUCGGCCCUAGAGGCCACGAGCGCUCAAAGUCCUCCCUUGCUCAUGCAAGAUCAGUCAACGGACAGCCUCGGACUCGGAACGCGAACCCGCAAGCGAGACCACGCACGGCAUACGGUCAUCGAUCAGAGGAAGAAUUCGACGGACCAAUAGAACAAAAGCAUGGCUGGGAUGUCGAGGGCAGGGUGGCCGAGCUUGACUCGCAGUUCAAGCAGGUCAAGGAGUCGAUGAACGUCAUGUUGUCUGACAAGGAACUGAUGGACGAGAGGGUGGAGAUGUACAAGAAGAGAAUAUCGGAACUGGAAGCGGAACGAGACAAACUCGAAGACCGCAACGGAAAUCUGCAAAAUGAGAUUAGCAGCUUGCGUGAACAGAUGCAGACGCUGACGAUUGAGUCGGAAACGGCGAAGCGCGGCCACAAGUACGAGCUCGAAGACGAAGCGCGGAAGCAUCGUCACGAGCUCGACGAAUUGCGACGCGAGCUCAAGGACGAGUCGCAGCGGGCAGAGAAGAGCCACCGAGAGGCAUUGGAUGCCCUUGAGCGCCACUUCAAGGCUGAACUCGACGAGGAGCGCGGGCAUAAGGCGAGGGAGAUUCAGGACCUUCGCGCCAGGCUCGGAAACGAACAGCAAGACCUCCACCUCACGCUCCAGAAGAAGGACAGGGAAGCUGCCGAAAUGAGGGCCGUGAUGGAAACGCUAAAGGGCGACCUGGACCGCGAGCAAACACUCAAGAAGGGCCUCGAAGCGAGCAUCUCGGAGCUCGGCGCCUCCAAUGUCACACUAGAAGCCAAGAUCAACUCUCUCAAGUCACACGUCGAGUUCCUCGAGUCAGACAGCAAAGCCCAAUCCGACUCGUUCGCCAACAUGGAAGCUAGACUGCAGGAAGCGCUCAAGGUGGCGGAGACGGCCAAGGAAAAGCUCAUCAAGGAAGAGACGGAACGGCGCGUCCUCUUCAACAAGUACCAGGAGCUCAAGGGCAACAUCCGCGUCAUGUGCAGAGUGCGUCCCGUUCUAAACGCAUCGGAAGGCGAGCCGGCCAAGGUGGCGUAUCCCGACGAGAAGACGUCGGCCGAGAUCGCUCUGCAAACGCAGGAGGUGAACAGCUUUGGCGAUGUGUCGACCAAGAACAUCAACUUCGAAUUUGACAGGGUGUUUGACCCGUCUGCGCAGAACCAAGACGUGUUUGACGAAAUCUCGCAGCUCGUGCAGAGCGCGCUCGACGGAUACAACGUUUGCAUCUUUUGCUACGGCCAGACGGGAUCCGGUAAGACGCACACAAUGUCUUCACCAGACGGCAUGAUCCCUCGCGCAACGCACAUGAUCUAUGAGACGGUCACGAAGCUCAGGGAGAAGCAAUGGACGUACAAGAUGGAGGGAUCCUUCAUCGAAGUGUACAACGAGGAGCUCAACGACCUCUUGACGCCCAACGGGCGCGAGUCGGACGGCGGCAGGGGACGCAAGCUCGAGAUCCGACACGACGACGUGCGCAAGCAGACGUCGGUCCUCAACUGCAAGACGGUCUCGCUUGACUCUGCCAACACAGUGGAGGUGAUGCUCGCCGAGGCGCAGAACAACCGGUCGGUGGCGGCCACCAAGGCCAACGAGCGGUCGUCGCGAUCGCACAGCGUCUUCAUCCUGAAGCUCUCGGGCUACAACUCGGCGACGGGCGAGCGGUGCGAGGGCACGCUGAACCUGGUGGAUCUGGCCGGGUCGGAGCGUCUCAAGCACUCGCAGGCCGAGGGCGCCAGAAUGAAGGAGACGCAGAACAUCAACAAGUCCCUAUCAUGCCUCGGCGACGUGAUCGAGGCGCUCGGCAAGAAGAGUGGGCACAUCCCGUACCGCAACUCGAAGCUGACACACCUGCUACAGUACUCCCUCGGGGGUAACAGCAAGACGCUCAUGUUUGUGAUGGUCAGCCCGUUGGAAGCUCACCUCAAGGAGACGGUGACAAGUUUGCGUUUUGCUACCAAGGUUCAUAAUACCCAUAUUGGAACGGCCAAGGCUACGAAAAAGGCGUAGAAGCCGGGCCGUCUGACGAAGGCGUUCUGAGAUGGGACAGAGUCACCGCGACCGGCGUUUGAGGGUUAUCUAUUUCGAGUAUUGGUGGGGAAUGGGCAUUGUUGUUGAAGUUGUAUAUCCUAGGAAUACGUACGAGUACGAUUUCGACAUACCAAUACAGGCCCAAGGGCAGUUUGUACACGUG